AGGCUCAGGGGCUCUCGCUAUAAAACCGUGUCAGGAUGAGGCCAGUGUCCUGCCCUGAUCCGGACAGUACCUCCUCCCUCUGUGCCAGGACGCCGUCGGGACCGGCAGCGGACGAGCCUCCAACAUGAACGACAUCUACAAGGCAGCGGUGGAGCAGCUGACGGACGAGCAGAAGAACGAGUUCAAGGCCGCCUUCGACAUCUUCGUGCAGGACGCCGAGGACGGAUGCAUCAGCACCAAGGAGCUGGGGAAGGUGAUGAGGAUGCUGGGCCAGAAUCCCACACCGGAGGAGCUGCAGGAGAUGAUCGACGAGGUGGACGAGGACGGAAGCGGCACGGUGGACUUCGACGAGUUCCUGGUCAUGAUGGUGCGGUGCAUGAAGGACGACAGCAAAGGGAAGACGGAGGAGGAACUGGCCGAGCUUUUCCGCAUGUUCGACAAGAACGCCGACGGCUACAUCGACCUGGACGAGUUGAAGAUGAUGCUGGAGUCCACCGGAGAGGCGAUAACCGAGGACGACAUCGAGGAGCUGAUGAAGGACGGGGACAAGAACAACGACGGCAAAAUCGACUACGACGAGUUCUUGGAGUUCAUGAAAGGAGUGGAGUAAAACGAGAGAAGACCCGGAGCGUUGCUGUUCCUCUCACCGGUCGCCUGCGGGGAGGAACAGUCAGAGAUCCCUCGGCAACGACUUUGCAAAGAUCUGGUCAAAUACUAAUGUACCUGAACGUCCCUGUAUUUUUCUCCCAUCUCUUGCAUCGUUGUAAAUACAGAUUGUGACCCCCCCCCCCCCCCCCCCCCCCCCCCCCGUGUACUGAAUCGGUGUGAAUGUAUCCAAACGUGACGUAUGGUUUUUUUCCAGAGGGGACGACGCAGUAAAUGCUUUCCGAUAUCCACGUUUUUUUUGUUUUCCGGCUAAUCCCUUGCGUCUGAAGAGUCGCAGCCCAGUUUACACUUUCAGCUUUGCGGAGGGAGAAAAGAAAAACGUACGAGCGCACGGAGCAGAGCGCGCCCGCGACGAGCCCGCCUCGUCCUGACACCAGGCCUCCCAAUUGACUGAUCGUACCUUUGUUUUUUAAGCAGUACACUUAAAGCAGUCUCUGUAUACUGUACCUGUUGUGCACGUUCCAUGCGGUUCUGUAUUUUUUUCUUUUUCUUUCGAAAGAACCCUCAGGACUUUUUAAUCCUCCUCUCACGUCCCCGUGAUGUCUGCUCGGAAUGUGCGCUCGCGUAAUAAACAGGAUGAAUUUGUCCAAUUGUC